UAACGCCUAUUUUGUCACUGAUAGACUGCUAUAGGCGACCCCCGUGGGAUACUGCUCUCUCAGCCCAACAUGCAGAACAGUCACAGCGGCGUGAACCAGCUCGGCGGGGUGUUCGUCAACGGGAGGCCGCUGCCCGACUCCACGCGGCAGAAGAUCGUGGAACUCGCUCACAGCGGCGCCCGGCCCUGCGACAUCUCCCGGAUCCUGCAGGUGUCGAAUGGAUGUGUGAGUAAAAUUUUGGGCAGGUAUUACGAAACUGGCUCCAUCAGACCCAGGGCAAUCGGAGGUAGUAAACCGAGAGUAGCGACUCCAGAAGUUGUAAGCAAAAUAGCGCAGUAUAAACGAGAGUGCCCCUCCAUCUUUGCGUGGGAGAUUCGAGACAGAUUACUAUCAGAGGGGGUCUGUACCAACGAUAAUAUACCCAGUGUGUCGUCGAUAAACAGAGUCCUACGCAACCUGGCUAGCGAAAAGCAACAGAUGGGUGCCGACGGGAUGUACGACAAGCUAAGGAUGCUGAACGGCCAGACGGGGACAUGGGGCACCCGGCCCGGCUGGUAUCCCGGCACCUCGGUACCCGGGCAGCCCACACAAGAUGGCUGUCCGCAACAGGAGGGAGGAGGGGAAAACACUAACUCCAUCAGCUCUAAUGGAGAAGACUCAGACGAGGCCCAAAUGAGACUCCAGCUGAAAAGGAAGCUGCAGAGAAAUAGGACAUCCUUUACCCAAGAGCAAAUCGAAGCCCUUGAGAAAGAAUUUGAGAGGACCCACUAUCCUGAUGUGUUUGCAAGAGAGAGACUAGCUGCUAAAAUAGACCUGCCUGAAGCAAGGAUACAGGUGUGGUUUUCCAACAGAAGGGCCAAGUGGAGAAGGGAAGAGAAGCUGAGGAACCAGCGAAGACAAGCCAGCAACACUCCCAGCCACAUUCCCAUCAGUAGUAGUUUCAGCACAAGCGUUUACCAGCCGAUCCCACAACCAACCACCCCCGUUUCCUCUUUCACAUCAGGUUCCAUGUUGGGCAGGACGGACACGGCGCUCACGAACACGUACAGCGCGCUGCCGCCCAUGCCCAGCUUCACCAUGGCCAACAACCUGCCUAUGCAACCCCCGGUCCCCAGCCAGACCUCCUCCUACUCUUGCAUGCUGCCCACCAGUCCAUCGGUGAAUGGACGGAGCUAUGAUACAUACACCCCUCCUCACAUGCAGACACACAUGAACAGCCAGCCCAUGGGCACCUCUGGCACCACUUCCACAGGUCUCAUUUCCCCUGGAGUGUCAGUUCCAGUUCAAGUUCCUGGCAGUGAACCCGAUAUGUCUCAAUACUGGCCAAGAUUACAGUAAAACAUGUGUUAAUUCCGUAAAUGACUAUAUGGACAACAGUUGGAUGUUCAGCAGUAUUUUAUAAAGGAAGAAUGGCUCUCAGAGUACUUCUGUACUGCAACUGUGCCCUAUGCUGUAACACAUGGAAAAGACUUUCACAUGGACCUUUGUACACUGAAGGCAUUAUAUCAGUUGGAACAAAUCUUCAUUUUGGUAUCCAAACUUUUAUUCAUUUUGGUGUAUUAUUUGUAAAUGGGCAUUUGUAUGUUAUAAUGAAAAAAAAAAAAAGAACAAUGUAGA